GCUUGCGACGGGUCGGGGCAGUGACCGCGUUGAGGGGACGGAGGUGCGUGAGGAGCAUCCCUGGUCCCACCGCCUGGCAGGGCUGCGGUGGGUGAGGGAGCGGUGUCCGAACCGAGGGGUUGGUCCGACCCCAGGGGUGGAGCGCUGAGCCGGCUUCGUCAGUUGAACAGUUCUGUCUGGGAUAGGGCCGUGUGCGGGGAAAAGGAAUGGGAUAGCUGUCCUUCAGAAGUUUAUUAGGAUAGACUCCAGUACUUGAUCGUUCCAUCAUAACCUCCUCUUUCUGCUCGUCCUAGUGGGACUGGUUAAGGCCAGGAGAUGUCGACCCCCCCUCUGGCUGGGGCGGGGAUGCCGCCGGGCGCUUUCUCGGGGACGCAGGCUCAGGCGGCCAGGGAGGUGAACACGGCUUCCCUCUGCCGCAUCGGCCAGGAGACCGUGCAGGACAUUGUGUUCCGAACCAUGGAAAUCUUCCAGUUACUGAGGAACAUGCAGUUACCAAAUGGUGUUACUUACCACACUGCAACAUAUCAAGACAGAUUGGGAAAGCUGCAGGAACAUCUCCGUCAGUUAUCAAUACUCUUCAGAAAACUGAGAUUAGUCUAUGACAAAUGCAAUGAAAACUGUGCUGGGCUCGAUCCUGUUCCCAUAGAACAGCUUAUUCCGUAUGUUGAAGAAGAUGGCUCUAAGCAUGAUGAUCGUGGUGCUGCAAGUCAGCUUCGUUUUGCUAGUGAAGAGAGAAGGGAAAUUAUGGAAGUAAAUAAGAAACUGAAACAGAAGAAUCAGCAGCUGAAGCAGAUCAUGGAUCAGUUGCGGAAUCUUAUUUGGGACAUAAAUGCCAUGUUGGCAAUGAGGAAUUGAACAAGGAAAAUCAGACUUUGUAUUUGAAGAAGAUACAAAUCUCAUUGGAUAUACUUAACUUCCUUGUAAGAAGAAACAUAUUUUCCUGUAAUCAUCUUGCAGUAAUGUUUGAAAAGUCUUCAAGAUUAAAAUGUUGGGUUUUUUCUAA